CCCCCGGCCCGGUCGCAUGGACUCGGUGCUGCGCAGCGCCCGCCGCUUCCCCCCGCGUCUGCUGCGGGCGGCGUCGGGCCCGGCCAUGCAGCAGCCCGAGGGCGGCGGGGGCUGGCUGGGCGCGCUGCGCUUCGAUAACCUGGCUCUGCGCUCGCUGCCCGUGGACGCCUCGGAGGAGGGCGGCCCGCGGAUCGUGCCCGGCGCCUGCUUCGCUCGGGUGCGGCCCAGCCCGCUGCAGAACCCGCGGCUCGUGGCCAUGUCGCUGCCGGCGCUGGCGCUGCUGGGGCUGGAGGCGCCCGCGGCCGACCCGGCGGCGGCGGAGGCCGAGGCCGCGCUGUUCUUCAGCGGGAACCGGGUGCUGGCGGGCGCGGAGCCCGCGGCGCACUGCUACUGCGGCCACCAGUUCGGCAGCUUCGCGGGGCAGCUGGGCGACGGCGCCGCCAUGUACCUGGGCGAGGUGCUGGGCCCGCGGGGCGAGCGCUGGGAGAUCCAGCUCAAGGGCGCCGGCAUCACCCCCUUUUCCCGCCAAGCUGACGGCCGGAAAGUGCUGCGGUCGAGCAUUCGGGAGUUCCUGUGCAGCGAGGCCAUGUUUCACCUGGGAAUACCAACAACACGGGCUGGCACCUGCGUGACGUCCGACUCCAAAGUCGUUCGUGACAUAUUUUAUGAUGGGAAUCCAAAAAAUGAAAGGUGUACAGUUGUUCUGAGAAUAGCCUCUACAUUUAUAAGAUUUGGCUCUUUUGAAAUUUUUAAACCCCCUGAUGAAUACACUGGACGCAAGGGUCCCAGUGUUAACCGGAAUGAUAUUCGAAUACAGAUGCUUGAUUAUGUGAUCAGCACUUUCUACCCAGAAAUCCAGGAGGCUUAUUCAGACAACACUAUUCAGAGGAAUGCUGCUUUCUUCAAAGAGAAAAGUCCUUUCUUUCAGAUAACCAAACGGACAGCGAGAUUGGUUGCUGAAUGGCAGUGUGUGGGGUUUUGCCAUGGCGUGCUGAAUACAGAUAACAUGAGCAUUGUUGGACUGACCAUUGACUAUGGCCCUUUUGGGUUUAUGGACAGGUAUGACCCUGAGCACAUUUGCAAUGGUUCUGAUAAUACAGGGCGCUAUGCUUACAACAAACAGCCAGAGAUUUGCAAGUGGAACCUGGGGAAACUUGCUGAAGCUUUAGUUCCAGAGCUGCCCUUGGAAAUAAGCCAACUGAUCCUGGAAGAGGAAUAUGAUGCAGAAUUUGAGAAACACUAUUUGCAGAAGAUGAGAAAAAAACUAGGCUUAAUCCAGCUGGAAUUAGAAGAAGAUAGUAAGCUGGUGUCUGAACUGCUUGAAACCAUGCAUCUCACAGCUGGAGACUUCACAAAUAUUUUUUACUUGCUGAGUUCAUUCUCAGUAGACAUUGAUCCUUCAAAAUUUGAAGAUUUCUUAGAAGAGCUUACAAGUCAGUGUGCUUCUGUGGAAGAACUGAAAAUUGUUUUUAAACCACAGAUGGAUCCACGACAACUGUCAAUGAUGCUGAUGUUAGCUCAGUCUAAUCCUCAGCUGUUUGCAUUAAUUGGAACAAAGGAUAGUAUAAAUAAAGAAUUGGAACGCAUUGAACAGCUCUCUAAACUGCAGCAGUUAACAGCAGAUGAUUUACGUAGCAGAAAUAAAGGACACUGGAAGGAAUGGCUGGAGAAAUACAGAGUCCGUUUGCAAAAAGAAAUAGAAAGUGUUGGUAAUGCUGAUGCCUGGAACACUGAGCGUGUGAAAGUCAUGAAUUCAAACAAUCCAAAAUAUAUCUUGAGAAAUUACAUUGCCCAGAAUGCCAUAGAAGCAGCUGAAAAUGGGGAUUUCUCAGAGGUAAGAAAUGUACUGAAACUUUUAGAACAUCCAUUCCAAGAAGCAGAAGGUUUGCAGGAGGUAAAGGAAGAUGCAGAAGAGGAAGGAGCAACUGCUACAGCAGCUGUUUGUUCUCAAGAGACCAGAAGCAGACAGCCAUAUUGCAGCAAACCUCCGCUGUGGGCUUCGGAGCUCUGUGUUACGUGAUCUUCAUAACCGCCUUGUUUUGUUUUUUGCUGUGAACUGAAGACUCUGAUCCUCCUUCAGCAGUGAAGAAUUCAGCAAGGCAAACAUCAAAGUGCUAUUAAGUUAUUGAAACAGCACUACAUUUGGAUGCAUCUACAGCGGUCUUCAGCUGUGCUUAAUUUGAAGCAAUUGUGGAUCAUUGGAACAAACCAGUGACAAUCAACAGCCUAUACACAUCAGUAAUAUAAAUGUUUAAAGACCCAAAGUCUUUUCUUUAUCCUCACUAGUAAAGUUAAGUAAAAAGCAGCAUUUUAUGUUGAGGCAGGCUGAACUUGAAACAUCCAAAUGGAGUUGUUGUUAUGUGAAGACAAAAAUAGCAAGUCAGGAAUCUGAUCUGUUUUUGUCUGAUGUCUUAACUAAUAGUACUUCUUAAUACUUGUUUACUACUCUCUCUAUGCAGAAACUUAUAGUCUUCUUUAAUGGAGGAAUAGAUUCAGUGUUGCUUGUUUGAACUAUGUUUCAUGUAAUUAAGUAGUUAAUUUCUUGUGAACCCUCAGAUUGGUAUUAAAUCAAUAUCUAUUUUCUGA